AAAGUUAAAACUUCCACUGUGGAAUUUUUCCCACACUCCAGUGAACCCGUAAAGCUGAAUAGACGCAAGUUGUUUUUCCACUCGGAUCCCAGCAGAAAUGGCUACUGUCAUCAUAGCGAUUGACGAGAGUAAAUUUGCAGAAAAUGCCUUCAAAUGUUACGUGGACAACCUGCACAAGCCUGACCACCGCGUGAUCCUGCUGCACGUGAUGGAGAAUCUGAUUAAUGUCAAGGACAUGAGUCCGGGGCGUAUUAUUGAGCUCCAACGAGAGGCCCAGCAGAAAGCAGCGACCCUGAAGGAGAAGUUUAGUGCACUGGCCGCCAGCUCAGGGAUUCAGGCUGAAGUGAGAAUAGAGAAAGCAGAGAAGCCAUCACACGGCAUCGUGGAUAUAGCUAACAAGGAGAACGCAAGAUUCAUUGUGACCGGAAGUAGAGGAAUGGGUGUAAUAAGAAGAACCAUUCUCGGUAGUGUCAGCGAUUUCAUUCUCCAUCACGCCAAUUGCCCUGUGUUCGUGUACAAGAUGCAGUGAAACGCACAACUGACGCCGACAAUCCAUAAAAAACUAUAUUACAUAAAAAAGUAUUACUCGAGGGAUGUUGUGAAAAAAUGACUUAGAUGAUAUAUUCAUGUUAUACUUUGCUCAAUGGUUUCAAUCUGAACACUCUCUGUAUUUCUCAUUAUAUGUGAUGCGUUUAAGAAAACACAAGAGUGUUUACAAUUGGACCUGGCUCUCUUGUAUAUUAGAAUAGAAAUUAUUUGUUUUAUAUAAUAAUAGUAGAUCAUAAUACUCAGCUAAUAUUACUUUUUCCAUUUUAUUUUAUUUUUCUUAUUUACAUUUUUGUUUUAAGAAAUUGUGCCCUUGGUAUGCAUUUUACAUGUUAACACUUUUCUACGGAAAUAUAUUUUUAUGCAAUUGAAUUU